UAGCUACCAUGGCGGAGCGAGUACAGGGCGGGCCGCUAGUCUUACCGUCGCGUUGGUGAUGUUCGUGCAAAUGUAUUUUUAUGAUUAGAAACAAAUACGGGAAUCAAAAUGUGAUAUUAAUGCUCGUGUGUAUCAAAAGACGACGACGAGGGACCAAGCGUGCGCCGUCAAGAGCUCUCGACGGCUGAACGGGAGAUAUCUUGCACCGCGUUACAGACUGGAGUUGCUCACCCUGCCAUCGCCAGGCCACCAGCAGCGUGGCCUCAACCGACCCCACCACCGCCACUCUUUCCUGACCUUUAUCACUACCGCCACUACUGCCCAGUCUUUACAACCACCACUGCCUCAAUCCCUUAACUCUGUCACAACCACCAGCAUAACACCACAACGACCACCACCUUUCCUCGCCCACGAGAAUCUCCCAUCACCUCACCUGAAGUGACCUUUCUCUCCACCACUGCUACCACCACCACAAUUGUAUUUCCUCUCUCACCACAACCACAUCCCCUGUCCUUGCUUUUCCCAAUACAUCCAUUCUCCUUCUUUUCUCCACCUCUCUGUUCCACCACUACCACCUCAACUGCCUUCCGGUACCACCCCCUCCAUCACUUCGACCAUCUUCUGUCUUUCACCUCAGUACCACCCUCUACCAGCAGCAGCAGCAGCAGCACCACCACUGUGAUCUAUCUUCUCCCUUGCUACCUCCCACUCCCACCCUCCUCCCUCUCCACACUACCUGGCGGCCAUGUCUCGCGCCAAGAGCGCCGAGACGGUGCGCGUGGUGGUGCGGUGCCGCCCGAUGAACCCGCGCGAGUCGGCGGCAUCGUACGAGAGCGUCAUCACCAUCGACGUACGCGCCGGGCAGGUGGCGAUCCGCAACCCGCGUGCCAACGCCGACCCAGUGCGCACGUUCACGUUCGACGCGGUGUACGGCGGCGAUGCCAAGCAGCUGGACAUCUAUGAGGAGAGCUUCCGGCCACUCGUCGACUCGGUGCUGUGCGGGUUCAAUGGCACCAUCUUCGCGUACGGGCAGACGGGCACCGGCAAGACCUAUACGAUGGAGGGCGUGCGCUCCGACCCAGAGCGCCGAGGCGUCAUCCCCAACUCCUUCGAGCACAUCUUCACACACAUCUCCCGCUCGCAGAACCAACAGUACCUGGUGCGCGCCUCCUACCUGGAGAUCUACCAGGAGGAGAUCCGCGACCUACUCUCCCGCGACCAGUCACGGCGGCUGGAGCUGCGCGAGCGCCCCGACACGGGCAUCCACGUCAAGGACCUGUCGUCCUUCGUGACGAAGAGCGCGCGGGAGAUUGAGCACGUGAUGGGCAUCGGCAACCAGAACCGCUCGGUGGGCGCCACCAACAUGAACGAGCACAGCUCGCGCUCGCACGCCAUCUUUGUCAUCACGGUGGAGUGCAGCGAGCUGGGCGCCGACGGCGAGAGCCACAUCCGCGUCGGCAAGCUGAACCUCGUCGACUUGGCCGGCAGCGAACGGCAGGCGAAGACGGGGGCGCAGGGCGAGCGGCUCAAGGAGGCGACCAAGAUCAACCUGUCGCUGUCGGCGUUGGGCAACGUCAUCUCGGCGCUGGUGGACGGCAAGAGCACUCACGUGCCGUACCGCGACUCGAAGCUCACACGCCUCCUGCAGGACUCGCUGGGCGGGAACGCGCGCACUGUCAUGGUGGCCAACGUGGGGCCCGCGUCGUACAACUACGACGAGUCGCUCACCACGCUGCGCUACGCCAACCGCGCCAAGAACAUUCGCAACCGCCCACGCGUCAACGAGGACCCCAAGGACGCGCUGCUGCGCGAGUUCCAGGAGGAGAUCGCGAGACUCAAGGAGCAGCUGGAGAAACGGGGGCGUCGGCGGAGGAGGAGGAGGAGGUGGAGGAGUCGGGGUGGGCGGUGGCGGCGGCGGAAAGAAGAAGAGGAGGGGAGGGAGGAAGAGACCCGGGGAAGGGACGAGGAGCAGCGCCUGGUGGAGCGCCGCCAGCAGCUGGAGCGUGAGAGGCAGAGCAUCCUGGACGACCAGAGCCUGCUGGCCGGGGAGCGCGAGCGACUCAUCCGCGACACCGAGCUCAAGAUGGACGACCUCAAGCACCAGCAGGAUGCGCGGGACUCACUCGCCACUAAGAUCAAGGCGAUGGAGAGUAAACUGCUGGUCGGCGGGAAGAACAUUGUGGACCGGACAAAUGAGCAGCAGAAGGUUUUGGAACAGCGCAGGCAGGAGAUAGCUGAGCAGUCUCGGCGCGAGCGGGAAAUCCAGCAGAAGAUGGAGGCUCGUGACGAGGAGACGCUGGAGCUCCGGGAGACGUUUACCACGCUGCAGCAGGAGGUCGAGAUGAAGACCAAGAAGUUAAAAAAGCUGUUUGCGAAGCUGCAGGCCAUUAAGUCGGAGAUCACCGACCUGCAGGAUGAGCACAGCAAGGAGCGGCAGGAGCAAGAGCAGUCUCAGAACGAGUUCACGCGGGAACUUAAGCUCAAGUGUCUCAUCAUCGAGAACUUCAUCCCUCCCGAGGAGAAGACGAAACUGAUGAAGAGGGUUUUCUUCGAUGAGGAUGAAGAGCAGUGGAAACUGCAGCCGCUGAUUCGCUCGCAGGGGGAGCAGCAGAUGAUGCAGCGGCCUGCAUCAGCCGUCGGAUAUAAGAGACCCAUUUCCCAGCAUGCCCUGGACUCAUCAGUCAUCGUUCCAAACCCUCGUUACCGGGCGGUGAACGUGGCGUCGCUGGAGCUGGACCCCCCUCACCGCACGACGCGCGACUACGAGGGCCCGGCCGUGGCGGCAAGCGUGCAAGCCGCGCUGGACGCCGCGCUGCUGCAGGAGGCCGACAUCCACGUGGACGCCGGCGCCUCGUACGGCCUCGCCGACCUCGCCGGUGCCGCCACGGGCACCAGCGGCAGCGCUUCCUUGCGCAGGAGGGACCGGGCGAGGCCCAAAACGGCGAAGAAAUCUCCGUCUCCGAGCGGCCAUCCUCCCCCCUCGCAGCUUUACCCACAACCCCGGGGGCUCGUGCCCAAAUAAGGGCGUGCGUGCGGUCAAGUUAUGGGGUCAAGCACAGGCAGGGAGAGAAUAGAAAUUUGACGGACUCUUGUCGACCUAACGUGUCUCCGCUCGCGCAGCCGAGGGUCGCCUUUACUUUUAACUUUGCUUUCACGCUUCUAAUUGAACGUGAACCAUGAAAAAGCUGUCAGGUGGCUGCGCGGGUGGCUCAGUUGGUCCAUAAUGGCUUUGUCGGGGGGGGGGGGGGGGGGGGUGGUAACUGAGCCGGCAAUGCUGAGAGAUCCUGGGACGCAUCUCUGUCAGGGGGUGAGAGUGAUUUUGGUCCGUAACGGUCACAUUUCGAUUAUCAAGCUCGAGAUACAGAGCAUACGUAGAAUCGCGUGUUCAAGAAUCGAUUGUACUUGAGUGCUUAUGCGUUGUAUGUAAUGGGUUCGCAUGACCCCCUGCAACCACUAGGGGUGAGGCAAUGCACCACAGUGUUAAAAGAAAAAUAAUUGAUUGUCAGGUUGAAUUUGUGAUCCUGAAUUGUGACACUUAGUGGAAUUUACAUGUGGGGGUGAAUUGUUACAACACCCCAUUGAGCUGGCACCAUUGAGAUCCUGGGUGUGUGUGUCUAUUUCUCACGGGAUUCAUCAGAAUCUGAAUAUUUAUACUGGAGGAAUUCGAUGAGCUAUAAAGCUCUUUUUCACAGAUGUCCAGUAGGAGCAUGGGGCAAGAACUUUGAACAACCAACAAUACAAAAAUGGCCAUGUCGGAGCCAUUGAGUGGACCCACCACUGACAUUGCGAGUUCAAAUCUGGGUUUCUCGGCCACCCAUGAUUGCAGCACGCUCCUCGAGCAUUAACGAGUCUGACUCAACCCAGUCCCCAAUGACUGCACAUACAUACACACAAAAAAGAAAACCCUCAAUCAGAUUUAGCGUUUCACAUACACCCGCCCAGCCCAUGCGUCGAGGGGUUAAAAUUUGUAAAUAUUUCUGAUGGUAGACACGAGGCUUCCCCAACCGUUGUACUCACAAACACGCCUACCCCUACCGUAGCCUAAUCUUAGCCGGAAAUCUGAGCAUUUGUCCUUUUAAGUCUUUGGAAACACUUUUGUCCAUUCCGUGAUGUCCACUAUCAUUUGUGGGAUGGUCCUGGAAAGACUUGAUAACCCACUCGAAUAUCAUUGUUCAGAGAGUAGUUGAGCAGAUUUGAGUGAGUGGAUGAUUACGUUCAUCGUGAGGAGAGGAUACAACAAAAACUAUCGAAAGUGGAUUGUAAAGUGUUCCAAAGAAGCCAGCAUGGGUUGCCAUCAUAAAUAUCUCCAAGUGGGUUAUCAAUUUUCCAUUUUUACAGUACAUCCCUCAUUUUAAGUAAUCGUCUUUUUUAAUUAGGCAAGCGGAAUGCCCUUAACAUCAGUCAUCUUUUGCAAUAACUGGACGUCAGGGACAACAGCGUGUACUUCCUUUUGUACGUUGGAUAGUAAUUUUUCGAAUGACACUGGCGUGCGCUGGUCUGCGCGCGUGCGAGUAACUACGUCACAGGGUCUUUUGCAAUUCCUUUUCAUGGCAGCCGUCGCGCUGUGGUUAUCAACUAUUUCAGUCGCGCGGUAAUAAUACACCGAGGAGCAGUCGCGGGCCUUCUGAAACUGAAACAGUGCUCCGUUUUUAUACCGGUACUACUUUUCCCUCAUCAGCACUACUGCUGCCCUGCUUCGCAGCAGCUCCAGAGCGAUAGCUCUCCGAUGCGUUUUCGGGUUGUUCCCGCGCCGUUGUUCAGCGUAACGUCCAACGGUUCACUCCAGGUGCUGGGAGCUUCUGCAGGAACUCGAUUCGGUGCCUAAACGGAAGGGAUCUUAAAUUUCGAUUUAAAGCUUUCGUGACUGCAGGGAUUCAUCUUCUUGGUUCUUUCGGUAAAGUCACGUAGAAGGAAAAUAAUAAAGUAAUAAAAAGUAAUUAUAUUAUUUUCUUAUGUUUUAUUUUUAUUACUUUCCUUCUACGUGACUUUACCGAAAGAACCAAGAAGGAAGGGAUCUUCCUGACAAAGCUCGAAGCAAUUAGCUGAAUUCAGUUCCCGAGGAAGCUCGCAGCACGUGGAGGGGAACGUCGGACGUCGUGCCAGACAACGUAUGAUGUUGCGGCCCAAAAUCGCUCCGGAGAGUUGUGCAGCACAAUUGCAAAAGCCUCCCGCUGUCGCAGUCCUGGAAUUCCCUACUGCUGCCGCCCUCUUGAACAGCUAUCCCAGAAUUCCUUACGAGUACCGUCGAGUGAUCCUCUAACCCAACUGGCUACCAUUUGAUUUUCCUGGCUGCUCUAAAGUGGCACGGGGAAAAUGUUCUUCAUAUUCAGGUCGACAAAAGUCGCAAAUGUUUUGUAAUGCCUAUUUCGUGGUAAAUGCCUGUGUCACGCUAGGUUUUACUGGUACCAAAAUUGUCACAAAUCUUUGCCCCCCCCCAUUAGCAGUGAUUGUUAAUGUCUUCGUGCAUCUAUUAACAAAACAGGCAAACGACUUAGCUGCUGCAUUGUUAAGAGAUCAUCGAUUUAGCCGCUGCCAGUUAGUAGUGGUAGUGGUACAGCUUGCUGAAUUUUUGCGUUACUGGCACAGACAGUUCAGUCCUCACAAGCUAUUACGCGGCGCCAGUAGUAGCAACUCGUAAUCCCAUCUUGGCGAGCUGGCUGGAUGGUUCACAGGGCUUAUAAUGGCCAUCUCAGUGCACUGAGCGAGCACCGCUAAGAUCCUUGGUUUGAGAUUAAGCCUAUGUUUGUGCAGAGCAAGACUGGGGCUCUCGACUAAUUAUUCCACAAAAAUAAACUGUCAUGCAAAUGUAGCAUGGAAGAGUAGGCCAAUUACCCACUGGGGGGGGGGGGGCGGGGCUCUAGCCCUCUCGUGGAGGCCCAUCCGCCAGCAGUGGCAUGAGCAAAGCAAUUCUACGGCUGCUCCUUUACCGUACGCGUGCACACAGCUUUCCACUUAAUUCAGUCCAGCUGAUCAUUGAGGGCUGAAAUGUGCAAAUAUAUGGGACGAGUGACACACGGUGAUGCGCUGUUUACAGAUCGUGAAGGUGCGCCGACUAGUGUGUUGGAUAAGAGAGGCUUCUGCGCGAUGUGACGCCUUUUGAAGUGGCUUGGUAGUGUCAACUUUCGGGGCCCAUUCCCUUAGGGGCAGUGUUCUUCACUAAUUUUCGGAGAGGGGAGGGCGGGGGGCACUUUCGCCGAUAAGAGAUAAGUCUGAGGUCCACCACACCACCUGUAAGGAGUGUUUUCAAAUGUGUGUAUUUGUCGGAGGGGGGGAGGUGGGGGCGCACGUCAGGGGCCGCACUAAAGGCCACCUGAGGGAGCCAGUGGCCCGCGGGCUUGGCAAUGAAGAACACUGCCUUAGGUGAUGACACGAAGAUUUUGCCGCCUGUAGGAGUCGCCAGAAUGGGGGAGGGGGGUGUUUUCCACAUACCUCAACUGUCGACAGCGCGAUUGGGAUGUAAUUGGUAGGAAAAAAUAUAUAUCUGAAGUUAAAUGAGCUAUAAUGAUUGGACAGGUUAGGUUUACCAAAAACAAUUAUCCCUUAGAUUUAUGUAGCUGAGAAUCCGAUUUAUGAUAACAGAGUAAUUUACCCGUACGGUAUAGAACCUAUAUCAUCCGAUACAAAACCUUAAUCUCAUCCGAUACAGAACUCUUGUCUCGGCUGAUAAAGAACCCUUGUGUCAAUCGACACAGAACCCUCCUUUUAUAAAAGGCUGCCUUAGUUUGGCUCGUGCAUUGUCUGCCAAUUCCGCUUAAUGUACAGUUACAUAACUCAAAAAAUCUUAAGAGAACGCACUAUAUUAAAUAACACUAAAGAUUAUACACCACUGCUGUUAUGGCGACCAGUUUACGAUUUAAUGUCGCCUCUUAUCCAACUUUAGUCAAGUAAGGCUUAGCUUAUUUGAUUCGGUGUAAUACACGUGCAAAUAUAUAUGAAUCAUACGCAGUGGAUUGGUUUGUAAGGCUGUUACUCCGAUUAGCACGGUUGGCUACAUACGGUGCGAAAGAAGGUCACCGUACAUAACAUACAUUGCGUAAGGCGUCACUAACCUUUACUUCAACACGGCUUACUUUACAAACGUUAUAAGGGUAACAUUUGUGGCCAUAAAUAUACAAAUGGAUGCCCUUUCUGCCAGCAGUCGUGUGAGCAGGCAAGCCAUUGCAGGGCUAACACUUUAUAAACUGUUAACACCACUAGCAGAUUUGCUCUUGGAAUUUCGUACCCUCUGUUUCCACCUAAAUAUUUAUUAUAAAAUAAAAUGAAUACACUUGCGUUGGUGUCGUGAGGAGUCGUGUAAGAAAUUGGGUUGUUAUUAAUGGUUAAAGUAACAAAAAUACAGUUUUAAUCGAUUAAUUUAGAGCCGGUUAUAUUUAUUAAGAGUGUUUUCUGUUGAUUUUUGUAAUGUGCGUCAGCAUGUUUGUGACAGAUUCCGGAUUGACGUAUAUAUAUUUUUGUAGAUUCACGUUUGGGAAAUGCACGCUGCUACUGAUCUAUUAAUUGGCAAAUAAACGGAUGUUUUUGUUUUGCCUUAA